CCGUUUUGGGCCGCUGCGGUUUUCGCACCGGCCGCGCCCCGCGGGGGCCCGCCGCGGCCGCCGGCCCGGUGGCGGUCGCCAGCCCCACGGAUGGCGGGCCGCGGCCAGGACCCGGCGGCCCUGCCGCAGAUGCUGAAGAGGAGGUUGCAGAUGACGAAGGACGUCGUGCCGGCAGGCCUCCGAACGCUGGACUAUUGGCAGAUCAUGGACUACUGGAAGAUGUUCGACAAGAAUGGGGACGGCCGGCUGGACAAGAACGAGUUCUACGUCCUGAUGAAGCGGAUGAGCCCAGAUCCGAUUGAGAGGCACGUCAGCGACCAGAUGUUCGCCUGCGUCGAUGAGGAUGUUAGCGGAGAGAUCGACUGCGAGGAGUUCUUGAGCUGGAUCUUCCAGAUGUAUGCCCCAUAUAGCGGCGGCCUGAGAGAACGUCUUGGUGACAUGAACCCUGAGCAGGUUGUGGAAUACUUUAAGAGGAUCGACACCAAUGGGAACGGCGAGCUUGACAAGAGCGAGUUCUGGACAUUCCUCACCAAAUUCUGCCCCGAGGCUCGCCUGUCACCCAAGGAGGCCAGCGACCUGUUCGAUACUCCUUUCAGGAGCCAGUUGGCGCCGAAGGUCGAGCCUCGGAGAGACGCACUCCGGGCGACGUCGAGGGGUGGCAGUAGCUCAAAGGAGAGCACGAGGAGCCGCGUCCGGACCCCCGUCCUGACCGAGAAGUUGCACCCAGACUUGGUGAGGGCGAGGAACGAGCAGCCUGUGGUGCUCGAGUUCACCAUCGGGCCGGACUUCAGAGCCAUCAUGAUGGAGAUACAGAAGGCGUUCUCCAAGAGGCUCGCUGGUUCCUGUUCGACGAAGAUCAUCAUCGACAAGCAGGUCAGGGGGUGCAGCAGAUUUGUGUUGCGCGUCGGCAGGGGCGUCGUGCUGUGGGACAAGCCGAGCAUGAUGGCGUACCGGGACGAUCCGUUUGAAACCUUUGAGUCUUCGCGAAACUUCGUUUUGGAGACCAUCAAAGAGAGAAUGCCCACCUUGCUGCGGGCGAGCCGCCAGUGGAGGGGUCGUCGCUAG